AUGAAUUCUCAUAAUAUUCGAGUCUUUCAAUCGCAAGAUAUUUUGUGUCCGAGUGAGUUGGGUCAACCUCUUUGCAGUGCUGCUAGUGAAGGCUUAUUUUGGGUGGCUUUUAGUGGAAUUAUCAAAGGAUAUGCUACUCAGACCACUCAAAAGGAAUUUCAGUGCAUGUAUGAAUUUCAGCCUUUGUGGUCCGAAGUGGAUGCGAUUCAUUACUUGCCAGAUAUUCGGAGAGUCAUCACAGUCGAACGAAGACUGACCACUGUUAUGAUGGGGAGUGGUGCUGGUGGACAACAACAACAGCAAGCAACAACACCCACCACACCAUCCACUCAUCAUCAACGAGGAGGAAGUGGGAUCAACAACCAAAAUAUUUCAAACACACCAAGAUCACCAGCAUUAUCAAAUGAUUUUUCCAAUGCUUUAAAAUCUUUUUCAUCAACGUCUGUUGCAACAUCCAGUAAUUAUAAUCAAAACACACAAACAAUUGUCGAACAAUGUUGUAGAAUUUAUCGAUUUGAAUACGAUAAAAAGGAGCGAAAGACCAUCAUUUAUCCAUUUUCACUUCCGAUUCAAAAUUUUGUCUCUACCAAUAGCACAACCACGACCACAACAUUAACUCAAGCAGCGACUUCAGGUACUGCUUCAAAUAGCGAGUUAUUAAUUUCUGUUUGCACCUAUAGUAAUCAAUUGUUGACAUGUGCAAAAGAUGUUAUUUCACUGUGGAAAUUUACCAAUAACAAUGAUACCCCAAUUUGCAUCUUAAAAGUACACACGUCAUGGAAUGUGAAAUGUAUUUCUGUAUUUAACCAGUUUAUUGGAUAUGGUACAGACAGAGAUGUGAGAGUCAUUGAACUCAAGCAAAAAGAACUGGAGCAAGAAAAAACACUGUUGGAAAACUCUCAAGAUGAUGAUAUCAAUGUAAAUAAUGGAGGAAGUACUAACGGAGAAGAGACAGAUGCAGCACAACCUAAUUCUGUAAAUAUAGGAGGUAGUGUCUCUCCCAACACCUCAGAUCAUAGCGAGACUCAGAAAAAGAAAACCUCACGCUUUAAGGAAAUUCAAAAGAGAAUUCAAGCUCAUGUCCAAGAACAAAUUGUUGGGACAAAUGCUGAGAGCCCACAAUCACAAAUAUCACAAGGAGGAAUUAUUACACGUCACCAAUCAUUAAAUCCUCUCAACAAAGGAAUGGCCAUGUACUGGGGCGUAAGUCAGCUUCAUGAAUCUAUUGAUGAAAUUCAAAUACGAUUCGAUAUGGGAACCAAAGAUUUAUUACCUUCUCCUGCCACUCAGAGCUAUAGUGAGUCUGUUCGUGUGAGUGACAAGACCAGUACGAAGAAGGGUACUCAACAAUCUGCAACCAACAUUGCUUAUGAUAUAUUUGGGCAAACUCCAACAGUGGAUCAUCCUGCAUUUGCGAAUCAUAAUUAUAUUGAUAUUUGUGUAAAUCUGCUUCACAAACAUUUUACAUCUGAUGAAAGUCCUCGUUCCAUUCAUUUUCUUCAAAACAUUUCACAAAAGAAAGAUUUCAACCAAAACACAGGAAUGAAGUGCAUAUUAAGCACAUCAACAUGUGGAUACGUUUACAGUUUGUCAAGUCCUCAAUCACUGCUUUGCGAAUUCGAAUAUACCGGAGAAUGUCUAAUGAGUGCUGUAAAUUCUCUAUUUCUCUAUGCCAUUACUCCAGUAGGUUUGGAGGUGUGGAGUGUCUUGGGAGGUAGUAAUGGGUGCUUGCUUCGUUUUCAUCCGUUUAUUGGAUUGAAGAGCGUUUCAGCAACUAAUAACCAUGUCGUUCUCAUCUCCAAGAUAAGUAGCAACGAGAAUGUUUCCAUUGCAGCCUACUACAACCAACAAACAGAUAAGACUGUGCUCAUAUCAGAUAUGAGAAGCGUUGAGAAGGUGAAUCGAAAUGCUUCGCCCUCCAAAGAUUCCUCAAGAAGUGGAAGACUGUUUCCAAUUUUCAAUGCAAGGAAAAAAAGAGAAGAUAGUUCCUCUUCAUUGCCUCCAGUCGAGGAUUUUUCAUAUAAUAUUUACAUGCUUAAUGCAGUGGAGUUGAGUGACAUUUAUGAAGAUAUGCUUGAGCAUGCAAUGAUGUUUCAAAAAAGUGACAAAUCAACCUACAUGAAACUGCUAAAAGAAUCGCACAGUCUUUUACAAUCCAAAUAUUUUGAAUUAUUAUCCAAGGAAAAGAAAUUAGAAAGGUCUAUCGAUGUUGAUACUAUCACCUUGUUAAAGACAAAAAUUGAGCUUCAAAAUUAUACGACGCUUUUGAAAAGAUCCUUUGGCCUUCAAGGGGAUGCUUAUGUGGCCAUGGAAAAUACUGAUUUGGCUGCUUAUGCAUAUGCAAAUAGUGACAAACCUAUGGCAGAUAUUUUCAACAAACUUUCUGUGAGAGAAGAAUCAUUGCUGUUAUUUUUAGAGCAUAUUUUGUUUGAUAAGGAGAAUCACUGGUCAUUAGACAACCUUUCAGAAGAUUUAGGAAAUCAAAUUCUUACUAUUUACAAACAACGAAUUCCUCACACGUUAUCUACUGUGAUAUUGGCUAACAGUUUCCCUUACUCAAAGAAUCAUGCUCUAGCUCUAUUGGAAGAAAUUAAUUUAGAAUAUGUGAAAGCUCAACAAUUAACAUUGUCACGAUUUGAAGAACACUCGAUUGAAAAGAAUGAUAUAUAUCCACAACAAAAUGAACAAGUCCUGUCCUGGUUUGAAAUUAUGCCUAAGGACGCCAUGGUACUCGCAUUACUUCAUCUGCAAACUGGUAACGAGGAAAAAGCUGUUGCAAUUUUCAAGUCCGUGGAAAGCCAUAUUCUUGUAGAAUUUAUAGUUUUAAAUCCAUCAUUGCUGUUACCAAAUGCCACCGUUGAAAAAUAUUCCAAGUUGGCCAUUGUGUUCAGAAAGUAUUUCCCUUGGUGUCUUGUUGAAUCCAUAAAUCGACUAACAGCAAGCAAUUCGUGCCCUUUAAGCAAUAACCAAGUAUUGGACUUACUGAAAGAAGAUAAUUCGCAAAUUUUUGACCAUGUAGAGACGCCCUUAACUUCUCUUCUUAUGCAACAAACGUAUCUUUCCACAUGUUUAAUUUCCAGUGACCUAUCCAAUGAAUCCAUGCUUAAAGAGAUUGGAAUCAAACUCAUGCAAGUUUUUGUAGAAGAGCUCGUACAUAUUACCUCUCUUCUGAAAGAAACAAAUAUCAACGGUUUGGUCAAUGAAACCAAGAAGAAAGUGUUGGAGUUGCACUCGCCAACCAUGACCUCUUCCACUCAGUCCCCAAUAGUCAUUAGUGAUUCGGGUGAAAGGUUGCAACCUCAAACCCAAAAUUUAUUCUCUUACAUGGAGAAUCUGAAUGAAUUGAGACAAUAUUGCUCAUUCCUUCAUUACUCGUUAAUACCGUUUAGAGAAAAUCUAGAUUGGCUUCGAAAAUUUGUGAAUUACGAAUUUAACAGAAAUCAAACAGAGUUGAGUAUUCUCUCCGAGUCGAAAGACAUCUUAUCAGAGAAGUAUAGUGAAAUUCUGAAUAUUUUGGACGAACUUUCCAUUUAUGAAAGCACUUUACUUUCCAUCACUGAAAAUGAUCCCUUAUUCCUAUUAGUUCACAUCUUGCAAAAUGCACAAGGAUUAAUCUGCUAUUUUUCUCAAUUCCUGUCGACCAAUAGAACUGAAAUAUUUUCUCAAUUUGUUGAAGUCAUUCAGAUCCAUGAAGGGAAAUUUAUUGGCUUCGAUAAUUUAAAAUUACUUUGCAUGAUGGGCUCCAAGCAAUUUAAACAAGCCAUUGAACGGUUAUUGAUCCUAUUGGGUCACGGAAAACAAGAAGAUGAUGCUCUUGGUGUAUUAUUUGGAUUCAUUGAAAGUCGCUGUAGCACUCUCAAUGAUUGGAAAGAUGUUUUGGAUUUGAUCUUUUCACAUUUGAGAGGGCAUGAACAAGCCAAUCAUGAUGCUUCUCAUUCUGUGUCACCUAUGUUUUUGUAUUCACUUCUCGAUAGAAUUUUGAAACUUUUAGCUCAUUCAUGCACGCCAGAUGAUUUCCUUCCUCUCAUUCCACGGAACGGAAGCAUGAACUUUUUCUAUCGCUAUAUUCAAAUGUGCUUUUCUCACUUUUCCUUAUUGACAUCUCCAUUCAACCACAACACCACCUACUUGACAUCUUCUACCAAUUCUCCGUUUGAAAUUUUGUGA